UUCUUUUGUUUAUAUGUAUAUGUGUGUGUGUUUUAAAAGUUUUCAAAAGUUUAUAUAACGCAGAAUUCCAUCUAAACGACGCAAUUUUUUUUUCGUCUUCACAAUAGAUAUAAACCUAACCCAAUAUCAACAUUCUCGAGUGAAUAAAUCUGACGUUCAUAUUCAAUAUAUCUAUUUAUGAUUUAUGAUGAAAAUCAUACAUAAUGGAUGAAACAAAAGAACGUCUUAAACAAUUGAUUGAUUUUUUUACCGGUCAUUAUUUAACAUGGUUAAAUCAACAACAAGCCAGUAAUAAUAAUAUCAAUAUCAAUAAUAAUAAUGACCAACAACAACAGGAACAACAAUCGGCAUUUGAUCCAGAUCAAAUAAAAGCGUUUAUUGAUGAUAUAUCAUCAUCAUCAAAUAUUGUUCAAAAUGAUGAUGAACAAUCAUCACAGCCACAAUCAUCAUGGACAUUCAUGACAAACGCUUCAUCAUCAUCAACAACACGAUCCGAUACACAAUCAUCUGGUGCUAUAGGUGUCAAAGAUGGUAAUACCGGUGCUAUACAGCAAACAAAUCCGCCAAUAUCUCGUCAGGAUUUGGAAACAUUAAUUAAAACAAUGGAAUUGUGCAAAAAGAACAUGACUCAUUUCGCAACAAGUGAACGCCUAUAUUUGAUGCCUUUGAUGACAUUAUGUGGACAUGUACUUCUUACCGAGACUCAUCUAAUUUCACGUACCUAUUUAUCGAUCGUAUCGGAAAUAUUGGUCUACAUUUUACAAUUUUCAUUGAAUGAAAUUUCUCUUUAUAAUGAUGAAGAAAAUAAUUACAUUGAAUUCAAUGUACAAUAUCUACAACAAAUGAAAAAUGUUGAUGAAAUGAAUGUCGAUACCGAUGAAUAUUAUCGCCAUUUUCUCAAAUAUCGUUUAAUCAGAUUUUUAAGCUUUUUAUUAUUGGAUGAUAAUAAUCAUCUUAAAGAAACAUCUAAUGCUCUAACACAACAGGAUCUAAUAUGUUUAUGUCAAAUGUUACGUAUGAAAUCGAUGCCAGAUACAUUACGAUUACAUUCAUCUGUAAUGAAUGUGGAUUCAGAAACAUCAUCUUUAACCGCUGAUAUGAUUCAAUCAUCAUCUGUCAAACGUAUACGAUUAACACAAAGUUUAUUGGAACGAAAUUCAAAGGAAGAAUUUUUCGAUCAACUACUGACACCGUUUAUUUUUUCAAACACUGCUGCAAAUCAUCCGACCGAUUUACAUAACAUUUCAUCAUCAUCAAUACCAUUAAAUCAACAAACACCAGUGAAAACAUCUAUGACCACUUCGGCUACUGCUGCUGCUGCUGCUGCUGCUACAAUCAUUGCACCAACAUCAUUAUCGUCAACAACUGUUGCUGCUGAACCAUUUUCAAAACAAUCAAAUAUAAAUUCUAUAUGUUCAACAACAAAACAUCACUCCAUAAAACAGAUACGAUCCUAUCUGAUUAGCCAUAAUCAAAUGUAUUUCCAAUAUAUUGGUGGUGCAACUUCAAUAUUGAAUCUGAUCAAUAAUUAUACAUUACUACGUCCAUACCUAUUACAUUUAUUGGCCAUUGAAGAGGGUGCCAAUCUUCGUCUAGAUCGUUUGGAUGGUACACAUUUUGAUCUAAUCUGUGAUCGUUUACUUGCCGACAUUGUACUUGUUGAUAAUGUAUUCACAUUGGAUCGUCUAUUGGAACCAUUAAGCUGUGAUCGUAUAUCGAAAAUGAUUGUGCUUGUGCAAGCUGCUUUAAUGGCUUGUCUUUCAUUGAUUUCUUAUGCUAAUCAAAUUGAUCAAUCGCAAUUAUUAUCAGUAGCUACUGUUUCAUUAGCCGAUUCAUCCGAAUUGAGUCGAUCUGAACGAGCGACAUUGGAUAUCAUUGAGAAAAGUUUAUUAUUAUAUGAUAAAGUUUUCGACAUUUUUCGCCAUUCAAAUCGUGUAGCCGGACAGAUUAGUCAAAAUGCUCAUAUGUUCACUUCUUGGCUACUAUUUACUGGUUUACAAAUGAUUCUUAAUACAAAACAAACAACUUCGAAUAAACGUCAACAAGGUUACAGUUUUCUAUGCAUACCAUUGGCUAAACAUGCAUUGAAAUUAAUGUCAUUUUUAUUGAAUGAUCUUCAUCUGGAAUUUGGUGAUCAAACCAACAAUAUACUUGAAGAACAAUUAGAUGAUGUUGAUGAUUCAAAUGACCAUAAAAAUAUUCAGGAGCUUAAUUUUUUCAAAAAAUUCUCUUUCAAUGUUCAACCAUGUCCAUCAACUAUGGGUAGUGUGACCACAACACCGGCAACAACACCAGCCGAAUUGAGUCCCAGUUCAUCACGUACAUCUAUACCGACAUCGGCUACAAUGAACACCAUUUCAUCAGGCAAUGUUCGUACGAUGAAUGCCACAUUUAAAUAUAAUAAAUUUGGCCAUUACUCUGCUUGGCAACGAAUCGAUAUGAUUGUAUCAAGCAAUCUAAAUGUUAUACAUUUAUUAUUUAGCUAUUUAUCUGCCGGUUAUCGUCGUGCAACAUUAUUACGCCAUUCUCGUAGUAAAUUAACAUUGGAUUCGAAUACUAGUUCAAUAAAUGAACAAGAUCAACAAGUACAAGAAGAUGAAUUUACAUCGAUCGCUAGAAAAUUUAUUGAACAACAUCAACAAAAUAAUCAUUCAUCCAGUAUGAAGGAUGAUGAUGAAGUAUUUGAAGAUGAUGUACAUAUGCAACAUUCAUUUUUGUUUGAAACAUUUAAUGAACAAUUCAAUGCUGAUAAUAAUGAAAAUAAGGUGGACACAUCAAAACAAACAGAUGUGAAAACAAUGCUAGAACGUGAUAUCGAUAGCCAUUAUGAACUAGUCAUAUCGAUUUUGGAUCAUCUUAACUAUUAUUUUAUAUGCUCGAAAAUCGAUGCAUUACGAUCAUAUUUUAAACAGAUGCUUACCGAUGCUCAAUUGAUUGUAUUGGCACAUGUUAUUCAAGAUUUAGAUUCAGAAAUGGAUAAUGUUCAAACACUAUCACCGCUUUCUUCAAGAACAUUUUAUCGAUUUUCCAAUUCAUUAACAUCACUUAUGCAUAAUUUGAUUGCCGUACAGAUACUUCCGGAUGAACAACAAAAUUCUUUGCUUGCCUAUCUUGGUUUUAAACCAAGUCUUGAAUCCGAAUGUUCAUGGCCAUUACAUCAUGGUGUACGUAGUUUGGCUAUUUUGGCACAAAUUAUAUUGUUACGACAGCAAAAAGAACAAGAAGAUAUAAAAUGUGAUUUCAAUUCAACAACCAUUCAAAUAUGGAGAGGUUUCAUCAAUAAACUCAAACAAUCAGCACUUUCAUUCAAAGGUGAAGUUGCCAUUUUUAAUCCAGAAUGUCCUGAUUUUCAAGAAGAUUUAAAUGUUGAACAUGCACAGUUAAUGUUGUUUUUGUUUCAUAAUCUGAAAUUACUACAACGAAAACAUGUAUUUUCAUUGGUUGGAUUAGCAUUGAAUGAAAUAUCGGUUAAAUUAUCCGCUAACAAAUGUUCAAUAUCGGCUGCACAGAUUCUUUAUAUUGGCCGUAUUUUACAUCUAUUUGAAUAUAUGUGUAAAAAUCUAUACGAUACACCUGCCUAUCUAUUUGAACAGAUUAAUCAUAAUUUAUUGAAUUUAAUCAUCAAUAAUAAUGAUAAUAUGGAUGCUAUUCGUGCUAUGCCACCUAAAUCAAAAGAAGCUCUUAUCAAAGUUAAAUUGGAAAAUCUACAAAAAUCACCUGAUUCGUUUCGAAAUAUAAAAUUUUUUGUUGAUAAAAAAUUGGAAUUGAAUUAUUUUAGCCAUUUGAUUUCUAGUUAUCGUAAUACAUCCACAUCAUCGUCAUCAUUAAAAACAACUGUUGAUCAUCUUAAUAAUUUGAAUGUAUUCGAUUUUAUCAUACAUCCACGAUUCUAUCAUCUAAUGGAUGUGACAAUAACGGCACCGAAAUGUUCAUCAUUACGAAAUUUUAAACCAAAACUUGAUGGUAUUGCCUGUAAUUUUAUGUUGGCUGGAUUUCAAUCACUUUCAUAUGGCCAAUUUUACAAUUCACUAUUGGAUCUAUUGCAAUUUCUUGGCUAUCAAUAUGAUUUUGAUUCACGUCAAAACCAUCAAUGUGAUAAUCAUCAAGAUGAAGAUAGAACAAUGUUACGUUAUCCACAAUUUGGUUCAUUUGGUCUUUGUGCUAUGGAUUAUACAUUCGGCACAAUGUGGCGUUUGAUUAAUCAAUUGCCACCAAGUUUACAAUUUCUUAACGAUAUUCAUUCAGUGGUUAAUUCAUCUGUUGAGAAUGAAUUUUAUUCUUUUGUUUCUAUUGAUGCUUCUCGUAUACUUAACAUGUGUAUAUGGUUACCACGUUUUGAAAAUAAUCGACCUGUUUGUCAAUGGGUUUCCGAACUACUUAGUAAACAAUGUGAUUCCAAUUCGAAUACUAUCGAAACAAUCAUUAAAGAUAUGGUACGAAAAUUCGGUUCACUACAGUUCAAUUAUCAAUUAUUAAAAUGUAUUGGUUGGUCAUUUUUUCGUUACACACCAUCCACAUCGAAUGAUGUAUUAUCAUCUAAAAACAUAUUACUCACACAACAACAACAACUUUUGCCUCUUCAAUCGUAUCAGUUUCCAAAAUUUUUUACAUUAUUCACCAUGGACAUUUAUCUGGAACGAUUGAUCUUUUUAUUUAAUGAAGAAUUUAAAAAAUUGUCAAAAAACAGAAACGAAGAUGAUCCACAAAUGAUAGUGGAAAAAUAUCUAGCUCUAAUGCUUGGCCUAUUCGAUAAAAUACAUCAAGAGGUUAAUGCUGUCCUAUUAUAUGAUGGCCCAUUAUCACAAGCUGGUCGUAAUAAUUCAGCAGAUAUGCAAUAUCUAUUCUAUCGUUCAAUGGUGAAUAUUUGUUCAUCAAAUUCAUUCAAUUCACAACUAUCGGAAAUUGCCGCAAAUAUUAUCGAUUAUCUACCGCAAUCAAUUGUAUCGAAAAUUGAUCAAUGGGAUCGUAUACAUGUUAAUAGUGAUCGUAAUAUUACUGAUCAAGAAUUACCGGCAUUGCUACAAAAAGGCGUUCUUUUUGAUAUUCCAUUGAUCGAAUUAGCAAGCCAAUCAACAACAACAACAACAGCCACAUCUUCACAAUCAAAAUGCAAAACAAAUCAUCUUUAUCAUUUAUCUGCAUUUAUUAAUGAAAAAUAUGCUAUUGAUAUGCCAACGGUUACAUCGGUAGAUACAGGUGAUGGUAAUAUAACGUGGAUAAAACUUAAACAAUUUAUGGUUAAAUUGUUUAAAUUUAUUGAAUAUGUCUAUUCAAAAAAAGAAUGUCCACAACGAAGUGAUUCAUUUGUUACUUGUUUAAUGCUACAAUUAAAUCUUGUAUCCAGUACAUUUGUAUCAAAAUCAUCAUCAAUUGAUCAUCAAUCAUCGUUGACAUAUCAAAUAUUGCAUAAAUUAUUUUCCAAUCAAGAUUUUACCAAGACAGAUAUUGAACCAGAUUCAUAUAAUUUGGUACUUUAUCCACAUUUUAUUGGCAAUGCUUUUUUCAUUCUAUCCGUUUUCAAUCAUCCAUUAUUUUCCGAAUUAAAACCAAUGGAUCAAUCGAAAAUUGUGAAAAUAUUUCAAUCUUGUUCGCCGGAAUUUUUUCGAUUGUUUGGAAAAAUUCUCAAACAUUCAUCUGCUGGUGUAGCCGCAUUUGAAGAAUUGCUUGGCAAUAGUUCACCGUCAACACCUACCGUUCUUACGCAACCGCAACAACCAUUAAUUUCGGAAAUAAAUUAUAGCCUAUUGGAUUUGAUCAAAGUUACUGAACAUCCAUUGAUCACUUCAAAUUAUGCUGUGAAUGUGAUGAAAUUGAUAAAAACAUUGUAUUCACAAUCGGAAAAAUCUACUGAUGAUGUCGGUUUGAUUCGUCUUUGUAUGGGAUUAUCAAAUGAAAUACUUGAUUAUAAUGAUCGCAUUCAAUUAUUGACCAAUUGGUUUCGGCUUGUUUUGUUUAAACGUAUGAAUACUGAUGGUGAUAGUGAACGAUUGGAAACAAUUAAAUCGAAUGAUGAUCAUCAAUCAUAUUAUAUUGAUGAUUCAUGUAAUGCCAAUCUUUACAUGUUUUUCAAAUUCAUUUGCAACAUUAUUAAAGGUCCUGGUCGAAUGGAUGAAAUGGUGCUGGUAUCUGUUGCUGAAGCUACCAUUCAAAAUGUACAAACAUUAUUGAAUGACACAUGCAUCACUUAUUCGAAUAAUACGUUCCUAUAUUUUUCUGGUCUUUUCACCAGUUUGGUUUAUUUAAUUUCGGCCACCGGUAAUUUAGAACAAGAAUACAUACCUGGUAAACCAAUACAUGGACAUUUUCGAUUGAUUCAUGAAGUAAUGAAAUGGCUUACAAUGAUAAAAGAUCAUCUAUGCAAUCGUGAAAUGUUGAAUAAGAUCGAAACAUCAUUAAUUGGUAAUGGUAAACAGCGAUUUUUAUUGGAAUCCAGUUAUCAGAUGCUUGCCUAUAUAUCCGAUAUAUUCAAUGCAUUGGAAUAUAAAUAUGUUCUACUUAAAAAUCGUAAAGAUGGCAGUGGUGGUGAAGAAGAUAUUAAACAGAAAAAAGAUGAUGGUAAAAUCAAAUCAUCUAUUUCAAAUCGAUUGUUUAUUGAUGAUGACUUUGAUGUUGAUGUUGAAAAUACGACCAUAAUCGAUACUGAUGAUGAAAUGGAUCUUGAUUAUGAAGAUGAUGAAGAGUUGGCUGGAAAAUUAUGUACAUUUACUCAUACAGCUAAAGAUUUUAUCAAUCAACAUUGGUAUCAUUGUCAUACAUGUAAAAUGUUGGACGGUGUUGGUGUUUGUACUGUAUGUGCAAAAGUUUGUCAUCGAAAUCAUGAUAUAACAUAUUCAAAAUAUGGAUCAUUUUUUUGUGAUUGUGGUGCAAAAGAAGAUAGUUCAUGUAAAGCAUUGGUAAAACGUCAACCAAAUGCCAGUGAUCGGGAUAAAAAACUAUUAAAAACGAGCCAACAACAACAACAACAACAACAUCAUCAAACGGCAACAUUGACCGGCAAUAAAUCCAAUAAUAACAAAGUAGAUGAUAAAAAAAUGACAUUUAUCGAUAAAAAACGUGCCUUACAUAUAUCAAAAUAUUGGUAUACAUCAUUCUAUUCGCUUGAUUCACAUCAAUCAAAAUUAUCGGAUAAUUAUAAAAUGUCUCGCAAUAGAUUCUCAGCCAAUCCAAUGAUUGUACAAAAUUAUGAACGUUUUGGUUUGAAAUAUGAAAAUCUUGAUAAUUAUAGUUCAUUAUUCAUGUCGUAUAUCGUGCCGAUUUCGGAUACGGUCAUUUCACUUGUUGAAUUUUUUGUACCAAUUUUGCAAAAUUUUUUCGAUAUUCAUUCAGAAUUGGGUUAUUUAACCAAUAUUCGAAAAGCAUUUGAUGAACAUCAUAGUUCAACAAAUUCAUGGUCAUUACAAAAAUGUGAACAACUUAUGGCAGUGCAGAAAGCAUGGCAAGAUUCAGUUUUCGAUAAUGUUCAAAUAUCAAAUGAUCAAUCACAUUCGGCACGUCAUGUAUCCAUAAUGAGCGGUUCAGUUGUACAUCGUAAUUCAAUGUUGGUGAUUGGUGCCAAUGCAUAUGAUAAUUAUUGUUCGAAUUUAUCUCAACAGCAGCCAUCAUCAGCUUAUUAUCCAUGUUUGAUGGCCAUUGCACAUGAUAAAAAUCGUUUAUCAAUCAUACAUCUAAAUCAAUUACUUGGUCAAGUUUAUUCAAAUUCACGAAAGAAAUUAAAUCCACAAAAAAUUGCAGCCAUUUCGUUUCCAUUCACAAUAAUAUCAAUAUCGAAUAAUCCAUUGAAUGAUGAAUUGAUAGCUAUAUCUGGAAUUAAAGAAUGUCAUAUUCUUACAUUAGCUGCUAAUGGAACCAUUACUGGACAUUAUCCAUUAUCAAUGCCAUUUGAUAAUAAUAAUCAUUUGAUUAAAACUUAUUGGUUUCCUGAUCGCCAUACAGAAUUGGCUGUUGUAACAUUUGAUUUCAUCAAAAUUUAUGAUUUAUCCCGAGAAAAUCGUGAUGAACCUAUUUACAAUUUUGUCAUCACUCAACGAAAAAUUCGUGAUAUGACUUUUUUCUCAUGUAAAGAUCGUAAUGGUGAAAGUAAACGUUUCAUUCUAAUUUUUUCUAGCCGUGGCCAUAUUUAUGCUGAAGAAUUGAAUGCCGAAAGUCAAUGUUCAUCAUCAAAUGAUGUAUUCUAUGUUACAUCAAUUUUGAAUGUUUCAUAUCCAAAACAAUGGAAUCCAAAUAAUCAAUCAACAGUAGUCGGAAAUUCCAUCUAUUAUUCACAUUUAUUGCAAAUGUUAUUUGUCAGUUUUCUUUCUGGUUUUUCAUUCUGUUCCCCAUUUGGCAUACGAAACAUUUAUGAUCAGAAAAUUACGAAUAUAACAUCUUUGGAUUUACAAUCAUCAAUAGCAAAUAAUAAUAAUAAUAAUUCAUCGAAACAGGAUUCAUCAUUGAUCACACAAUCAGAUCUUUCAUCUUCAUCAUCAUCACCACCACCGAUUCAAUCACAUCAACAACCAUUGUAUCGAUGGACCGAAGUUUUACAACAUCCUGGCCUUAUUUUUGCAUUAACGCAUACGAAUAAUCCAAUUUGUUUUAUGAUUGAAUCAAAUCGUAUAAAAAUUCAAGAAUUAAAACCGAAGAAAAAAAUUAUUGAUUUUGUUGCCAUUUCAUCACAACUCAAUGAUCAAUAUCGCUCAAAAAUUACAACAUUAUUAUCAUUAUGUGAUGAUGGUUCAUUACGAUUUUAUCGUGCCGUUCAAGAACAAACUAAUUUCUGGUUAAAGCCGGAAAUUUAUAAUCUAGAUGGAAUGCCAGCCUAUCAUUCAUCCACGAUGUCAAAGAACGCUGAAUCAAAAUCAUCAUCACGUGCUGGUUCAAAUGAACCACAACAAUCAUCGUCAUCAACAUCGAAUAAAUCAACUCCUCAUUUUGCUGUAGAUUUUUUCGAAAGAUGUACCAUGUUGAAUGAUAUUGAAUUUGGUGGAUCCGAUGUAUUAGAAGUAUAUAAUGUACAACAGAUAAAAAAUCGUCUAAAUUCAACCAAUAUGUACAUUGCCUGUACAAAGCCAAAUGGUUUCAGCAUAACUGUCACACAGACCGGUUCUUUCGAUAUGGUUAUGGCUGGUGUACGUGUUAAUCUUGGUGUAUGUGAUCCAGCACGUGCGCCUACAGCUAUUGAAGUAUUUGGCCGAACCGUUUGGGUAGCUGUCAAUCGUCAUCGAUGGUUUGAUAUACCAUUCACACGAUCUGAGAUGAAAAAAUUAGUCGAAACAAAUACUUUCAGUAUAAGAUUUGCUCCCAGUGGUGAUUCAAAUCAGGUAACCAUUGUUGACUCAAUUCGUGUUUAUGGCCGUCUCCGUGAUCUUGUUGGAUUACCAUCGGUGAAUGAAGAAGAAACUGCUAAUGCUAUUGCAAAUACUAAUGGAACUAGUAAUGCACCAUUCGGUGAUUUACGACGUAGAUUAACACAAUCGGCAAUGCAGCAACGAUCAUCAUCAAUAUCGAUGAAAUCACCGAUUCAAAAAUUACGUCUUCUUCUAUAUGCUCCUUGUAUUACUGAUGAUGAAUUGAUUAUUACGAUGAAAUCAACAAACCAAUCUAUCAUCGUUGUAAAUCGUUUGAUGGCCAAUUCAUUGGAUGUAUUGGAAUCAUUAAUAUCGUUUACGAAAUCAACAUCCGAAAUGAACAUUGAUCAACGACCGCGAGCAUCAUCGGCAAUAUGGAUAAUGACUGCACGUGAUCUAUGUAAUGGGCAAGAAUUUAAGCAAAAAUGUGACACAUCAUUAUCUAUCGCAUCGAAAUUAUUGACCAUAUCAUUGAGUAAUCGUUUGGAUAAAUCAAUUUGUUUGCUAUUAGCAAAACUUUUACCAUCACGUAAUCAAUAUGAUGAACAUCGUGGGGAUAUUCUUUUCGAGAAUGGUAUUGAAAAUCUCAGUCGUGUUGAUGAUAUUAACGUAUAUCGUUAUUAUCUCUCAUGGUUCCGAGAAAAUGUACAUGAAUAUCCGAAAAAUUUUAUCCGUUUCAUAAUGAAAUAUUUUAGUAAAAAUUCCAAUGAUCCGCAUACAUAUACUGUACAAUUUUGCAGCUAUCUUGUUGAUUUAUUCUGGCGUCUAUAUUCACUACGACCAUCGAAUGAUCUGACCAGUCCAUUGACAAUGGUUGGCCAUUAUUACGGUCUGGAACAAGUAGUCGGUUCAUUGGUAUUUAUUUUACAUUCAUCAACAUAUGCCAUCAUAUCAUCAACGACGUCUGUUGAUCAACAAAAUGAUAAUCAACAGAAAGUGAUGAAUAAAUGUUCACAAUUGCUAAUACAAAUGUUAUGUGCUCUAGAUCCACGAAUUACUUUUGCAACGAAAAAAGCCUUAUUAAGAAUUUUGUAUUCAAUUUCGAGUGGUGUUUAUCGUCAUCAUAUAGAAAGACAAUCAUCAUGUAAUCGUACAACAUCUGUAUCAAAACAGUCAAGUGCCUCUUCAUCUGCCAUUGGUAAAUCGGAUAGUAAUCGUGAACGACGUCCUUCUGCACGUUAUUUAGCGACUCAUCGUCAUCAGAAUACUGCUAAUGUAUCUAUCAAUAAUCAAGAACCAUCAACAUCAUCAGUUGGAAGUCUUUUACAUAGACAAGGUGCAACAAGGCGUUCACGAUCAUCCGGAUUUAGUUCAAGUUGGUGGACAACCACCAAUCGACCUGAUUCAUCAUCAAACACUGGUGGUGGUGCUAGUUCACUUAGUGGUCAAGGAUCAGGAUCCCUAUUUGGAUCAAUAUCAAGUCGAAGACAAAAUACAGCAGCCGCCAGCCUCUUGGAACGUGUUAGUGAAUCAAUAUUGGAUUCAGAUUUUGAUCCAUAUCAAAAUCUAUUACUUAAUAUUGAUAGUGAAUUUCCAUAUUUUCAAGAUCUUAUGGCCAAUCUUCGUCGUGAAAACCAAGAACAGAAUGAACAAGAAAUAUUCGAAUCAAUCACAGGUGAAGAUGAUGAUGAUGACGAAGAAGAAGAAGAAGAUGAUGAUGAUGAUGAUGAUGACGACGACGACGACGAUAAUGAUGUAGAUGUUGAUCUUGAUGGUGAAGAAUUGGAUAUUUCACGUUUGGCCGAAAUAACUUCUGAUAAUAACUAUGGUGCUAUUGGUGAUAGAUCAUCUGCUCCUCCUCCAUUGUUUCCACCGAAUUCUGGUUCAGAUAAUGGUGCUAAUGUACAACAGCAACAACAAUCAAUACCAUUGGAAGAAGUAUUAGAGGUUGAAGAUGUUCCUGUUGAUGAUGAUGAAGAUGAUGACGAAGACGACGACGACGAUGACGAAGAAGACGAAUUUGAAACUAUGGAUGAAGAUGAAAUGAUGGAAAUUGCUAUUGCAUUAAGUUUGGAAGACCAACAACGAGGAGAUAGCGGUGGUAGAGCCGAUGGUGAAUCGAAUUCAAUCGAAAUUGAUGUUGAAAGACAACAACCAAGUCGUACAUUAGAGGAAAUUGUUGCCGAUUACCAGAGACAACGAAUACAGCGCCAAAGACAACGAGAUCAUCAUCAACAAGGUUCAUCUAAUAUUAUUCUACCUGAAGAAGAUGAAGAGGAUAUUGUACGGCAACAACAAUCCAGUCAGGAACAUCAUCAAUCAUCACAACAAUCUGAUCCUGGUCAAGCUUCAUCACAUUAUUCCGUACAUUCAGAAUCAGAUGAUGAUGAUGAAGAAUUAUUUGAUGAUGAAAUAAAAUUGGCCGAUACAACUAUGGAAUCAAUUGAAGUGGAAGAAGAACAUGAAUUUGAUGAUGAUGACGAUGAAUUGAUUUCCAUGGAAGCAUCAACACAAUCAUUAAAAGGUGCUAAACAGAUUUCGAAAUCAACUGAAGCAAUCACAAAUAAACGUUGUAGCAGUGGACAUGUGUCUAGUUCUGGAACAAAUAAUAUUUCAUCUACUCAUCUACAUGCUGGUCAAUCACAAAAACAAUCAUCAAACACAACUGUUUCAAUAAGCGAUGGUCAACAAUCAAAAUCAAAAGAAAAAGAUUCAAAAACACAGCAAAAAGAAAUUCAAAAGAAUAGAAAACGACUUCGUCGAAUGGUAACCAGUAAAUUAUGUUUAGCUUUAUUGAAACAAAUGAAUCAAUCAUUCGAUAAUAUGAUCAAAUUGAAUGGCAUACAAGCUAUACCAUUUCUACAGGUUCUUACCAUACUUACGGAUUUUAAUUAUACCGAAUCUGACCAGAAAGAAUUUGCCAUCAUUUUCAAUCAAAUUAUGAAAAAAUUAUUAGAUCAUUUAUUGGCUAAAUCAUCAAAUGAUUCAAUAAUAAAUGUUUCGGAAUCAGCUUCAACAACAAAUGAUACGACAGCAAGUCCAUCACAUAUUAAAUUACGUUGCCAUAAUAAAUCCAUCUCUCAAUACAAAGAUCGUAUUGAACAUAUAGCAGAAAAUGAAAUCCAUCUAUUAACGAUGCGAUUAUUCAAUAUAUUUUUAUCAUAUUUUAAACGUUUCCCAACAAUUACAUGGCAAACAUUUUUAUCCAAAGAUUUACCGAUAAAUGAAAGUUUCCGACAAUUGAUACCAUCAUCACAAUCUGGACAAAUGAAAUCUUCUUUCGUAACAUUCAAUGAAGAAAGUAUUAAAGCUUCCACUUUGACAACUGCUAACACAACUUCCAUACAUCAAAGCCUAUUGUUAGCGGCUGCACAAUUGAUACAAUCCAAUACCAAUGUGUUGGAUUACUGUUAUACAAUGUUACAUCAUCUAUUGAAACAUUAUUGGCGACAAAUGGCUAUUCAAUCUGAAUCAAGUGGAACAGAUUCAAUGGAUAAUAAAACUACGACAAAAUCUCAAGGAUAUGAUCGAUUGAUAAUUGAAUAUAAUUCGAAGAAAAGUAUCCAUAUGCGGGAUGAUCGAUUAUUGAAUUCAAUGUUUAUACCUACAGAUUUAAGACCAUUUUUUACCAUAUUACCUGAAAUUGUUCAACCAUCAUCACCAUCACCAUCCACUGCAUCUAAUCAGCAGCAACAAAAUUCACAACAAGCUCAAGAUACAUCCGGUGUUGUUGUUGUGAAUAAUUUUACGAAUUCAAGUAUUAAUCUUUCAAAUACUUGUACGGCAAUCAAUUCAUUUGUAUUUGCAAACCGUGCAUUUGAUCAUUAUUCAGAAUUAUUAACAGAAAUGUCUUUACGAAUGCCAUAUCAAUUAAAAAAAUUGAUAUCAUUCCUCAAUGCUCAACAACAGCAACAACUACAAACCAAAAAUGAUGAUAACAAAGACAAAGAUUCAACAGUUGAUAAAGAAUCAUCAUCAUCACAGCCAUCGAAACCGAUCAUACCAAUUGAUUUUAAUGUAUCAUGGAUUGAAACAUUAUGUGAAUAUAUGAUGUUGCCAUCAGUAACACCUUAUAUUCGAAAACAAGUACGAAAACUCUUGUCCAAUCUAUGCGGUUCAAAAGAACGUUAUCGUCAAGUACGUGAUUAUUAUGCCAUCAAAACAAAUCUACGUGCUGUACGACGUAUUAUUGUCAUGCAUUUUUUCGAUCAUUCAUCAUCAAAUAAUUCAAAUCAAAUGAAAAUUAAAUUACAAGAUUUAGGUAUCACUGAAGAAGAUCUUGAUGAUGAAGAACAAUUAGAUGAAUUGAUUCGUAUAAUAAUUGCAACGGUCAUUCAAAAUGAUGACGAUAAAGCCAAUACAAUGAUGAUGACAAUGAUGUCAUCUGAUCAACAUCGUCUAUUGAAUCUUCCUUAUGCACAAUUAAUCAAUCUGGUCGAAUAUCUGAAAGCUUGUCUGGAUAUUGCAUCUACACGUGUACACAAUUGGCAACGGCUUUGUCGUCAUGAAAUUCGUAUCAUACCAUUUUUGUUUCGAAUUUCAUUCCUAUUCGGUGAAGGAAUUUCUUCAAUCAUAUUGCAAUUAUUAAGCUUAGCAUUAUUCUCAUCAUCGGAUAGCAAGAGCAGAAAACCAGAAGAGAAAAAUCUGACCAACAAUCUUAUUUCCAUUGAUAAUAAAACAGAUGACAAUGUUAAAGAUUCAGGAAAAUCUUCUACAUCACAUGGUAAUCAUCAAUCAUUCAUAUGUUGUUAUGUAUUUGUCGUAUUGGAUCGUCAAAUACUUUCACAUUUUAUUCGUUUCUUUUUGCUGGAAUCAAAUUCAACACAACAACGUUGGGCUACUCAUUCAUUACUUUAUAUGUUCUAUGAAUCGCUACAGCCCAUUCAUCAGGAACAAUUUCUUUCCUUAUUUUGGCAAUUAUGGCCAAGUAUUGCUUGUUAUGGAAAACGUGCUUCUCAAUUCGUCGAUCUAUUGGGCUAUUUCACAUUGUCUAUAUCAAAGUUACAUCAAUCAUCUAGUUCAACACGUUUGCAAACAAACAAAGAACGUUCAUAUGCCGAUUCUGCUAUUGGUUUGCUUCGUUAUCAAAAUCAAGUUCUAGCUCGGCAUCCGAAUUCAAAUAUUUAUAAUUCAUUACAAUCAUUAUUGGAUCUAAAUGGUUAUUAUCUGGAAACGGAACCAUGUCUUGUCUGCAAUAAUCCUGAAGUGGAUUUUGUAGCCGUCAAACUUUCAGCAAUGAAAUUAGAUUCCAGAUUUACGAUCAAUACACAGAUUGUCAAAUUGAAUGGUGCGCAUACUAUAUCGAAAAUUGCUGUGAAAAUUUCUGAAUUGAAAAAAUCAAAAAUGGUUAAAACUUUAUGCAUCUAUUAUAAUAAUCGUUGUGUGCAAUCCGUGGUAGAAUUGAAGAAUAAGAAUACUGUCUGGUAUAAGGCUAAACAGAUAACGUUGGCACCAUCACAAUCUGAAGUUAAAAUUGAAUUUACACUACCAAUUGUUGCUUGUAACCUGAUGAUUGAAUAUAGCGAUUUCUAUGAACAAUCACAUCUAUCCACUGAAACAUUACAAUGUCCACGUUGUUCAUCGGUUGUAUUGGCCAAUCCGGGUGUUUGUACAAAUUGUGGUGAAAAUGUAUUUCAAUGUCAUAAAUGUCGUGCUAUCAAUUAUGAUGAAAAAGAUCCGUUCCUCUGUAAUUCUUGUGGUUUUUGCAAAUAUGCCAAGUUUGAUUAUGUACUUACUGCAAGAUUCACAGCAUCGGCUGUCGAAGCUAUUGAGAAUGAAGAAGAUCGAGCAAAAGCUGUACAGACCAUCAACACGUUGUUGGAUAAAGCGGAUAGAUUAUAUAAAAUAAUUCUAUCAAUACGGCCAACAUUAGAAAAUCUAUUGUUAUUUUCACAAGAUUAUCAUAGUACCUUAUAUGGUAGUGAUGGUAGCGGUAUGGAUGGAGCUAAUUAUGGUGGCGUUGGAAAUGUGGCUUUAUCUUCGUUACAAACAUCUGCCAUUGGAUCAUCCACAUCGGUAACUAGUUCAUCAUCAUCAUCGGUUUUGGUCAAUCGAUAUAUUCAUCAAUUAGCAUCACGUUAUAGUAAUGAUUGUCGUGUACAUUUUGAAGAACUGUCUAAAAUUGUACAAAAAAUUCUAUACACACGAAAAGAAUUGGUGGAUUAUGAUAAUCGACAAAAUGAUAAUCGCCAUAAUUUAGAUGAUAUUAAACGACUUUUGCAUGAACAUCGCAAUCAACAAAAUGAUAUGAUCACAAGAACAUUUGGCGGUUCAACCACAUCCUUGUCAUCAACAUCAUCAUCCACAUUGGUUGAUAUGUCUAUGGCUGCUAUAUCAACAUCGACCACAUGUAAAAAACAACAGGGUAAACAAAUUCUGCCAAUAGAUGAACAUUAUCAAGGUGUUGAAACGAAAAAGAAACGCUUAUCAAAUGAAGAUGAUGAAACUUUACCAAUGGAUUUUAAAUCAGGUCGUUGUUAUGGAUGUGCAAGUGCUACAAUUGAACAUUGUAUCAUCUUACUUAAAGCUCUCGUACAUAAUUCACGAUAUAAGACCAUUCUUGGUUCAUCAAAUUUAUUCCGUGAAUUAAUCGAUUAUAAUCUUCGUAUUGGUACUCCAUCAUUUCGUGCAAAAGUUCGUGCAUUGUUAUGCCUAUUGAUAAAAGAUGAUUUGGAAAUUACUGAAGAAUUUAACAAUCUAUUGCUUGAAAAAAUUGGUUCCGUAUUGCAAACACGAUUCAUGACUACAUUUGAUUUUGGUUCCAUACGUCAUGAAAUGUCAUUAUUGGCCACAUCGUUUGAAAAUGAAGAUAAUUGCUGGGAACAACGCUUACGAUGUGUUAUGAAAUUGUUUCUAUUAUCGUUGCAGAAUAAAUCACCUGCCGUACUAGAGGCAAUUACAUUGCCUUGUCUUCGUAUACUAUAUGGUUUGAUUGUAAAACCAGCAUUAAAUGAUCAGAAAAAAUCCGAUCAAUCAAAAGCAAUACAAUCAUCCGCUAAUACAGUGGAACAAUUAGCAUCCGUACAAUCACCAUCUUCGUCAUGUUGCAAAAAUUUGAAACCAACACGUAUUCCAUUUGAAUCAUUGAAUGUCAAAGUUUCUGUUGAUCUUUAUCAUUGGAUUUCAUCUGAUUCUCAGACAGCAUCAUUUCCAGCAUGGCAACAACGAAAUAUGAAAAUACCACCGCAUACAAAUGAAACAAUUAAUGAUCCAGUAAUGAUAGCUCAAUAUAAUGAAUAUCUUCAGAAAAAAUAUUUUGCUCGCUGGUUAUAUCUACAUCAAACUGGGCAGAUUCGUGAUCUUAAAUCUGAAUGUUUUAUCGUACGUAUUGCAAGUUCAACAUGGAUUCAAGAAGUAUUAUUCAAUCCAACAUCAAAAGCAUUACGAAUCGCAUGUCGACAAUUAUUGAUGGCCUUGUUUGAACGUUUAACAAGUAAACGACGUAUAUUGAUCGAUUUGUUUACAUCAUUCUUGGAUGAUCUUUGUCAAGUUGGUGGAGAAAUUGGUCUGGAAUUUUAUGAUUUAUUCAGAUCAAUAGUUUUCAGUGAAUUUAGUGCCAAAACAAUUAAUAUUGCAAAAAAUAACCAUUGGCGAUAUUAUUUAACAUUCUGUGGUUUGCUUCAACAUCUCGGUCAAUUAAUAUCAACCGAAAUUGAUCGUCUUAAACAGUUGGAAGAAUCAACAUUGAGUUCGGAUUUUUCACAAGGUUCAGCUUUACGACAAUUAGUUGAAUUGAUGCAAUUAUUUAUGCGUGAUGAACGUAUUCGUCGUGUACAUAAAUCAUCAAUGGUUGGUUUUGUUUUGGAUGGUUAUCUUUCCUUACGGAAAUUGAUUGUACAACGAACAAAAAUGAUCGAUGAAACACAGGCUGCUUUGUUGGAAUUAUUAGAAUUACUCACGACUGGAACCAGAGCUGAAACAAUAAAUUUUAUGAAAGUCUGCAUAGAAUCAGUGAAAAAAUGUUCUCUUCAAGAUUUGAGAACACCGGUUUUCAUAUUCGAACGUCUUUGUUCAAUUAUACAUCCAGAAGAAAAAGAUGCAGAUGAAUUUUUCAUUUCGUUGGAAAAAGAUCCACAACAAGAAGAUUUCCUACAAGGCCGAAUGUUAGGUAAUCCAUAUAGUUCGAAAGAUUCUGGCAUGGGACCGCUAAUGCGUGAUAUAAAGAAUAAAAUCUGUCAAGAAUGUGAAUUGGUUUCAUUGUUGGAAGAUGAUUCUGGUCUGGAAUUGUUGGUCAACAAUAAAAUCAUAUCAUUGGAUUUACCGGUUAAAGAAGUUUAUAAGAAAAUUGUUUGUGCUGAUGCACAAGGUGCACAACAACAACAGCAACAACAAGCAAGUGGACAUUCAUGGGCCGGAGGAACUUUCAAUCUCGGUUCAGAUAUUUCAAUUAUUGAUACGCUUACUGGUAAUGCCUUGCAGUUGGGCUCAAAUCUUGCCGCUGCUCCUGGAUCUGGUAAUUUGGCUACUCAAUCAAUCAAUGUGGCUGGACCAACAAUGAAAAUAAUCUAUCGUAUACGUGGUUUGAUGGGUGAUGCUACAGAAGAAUUUAUUGAAAAUUUAUCCAACAAAGAAUCUGUCGUUAAAGAUGAUGAAAAAAUGUUUGAAUUGGCCAAUAUAAUGUCUCAAUCAAAUGGCCUUAGUGUAAUGCUUGAACGACUUCAAGCAAUACAAGAGAUUAAUAAUCGUAGUCGAAGCCUGUUGUUUGUACUUUUGAAAUUAUUUGGCUAUUGUGUCCGUGUUAUCUCAAAUCGACGUACAUUGAUUGAACCAGAAUUAAAUGCCAUAAGUAUUAUGUUGGGAAUUUUACGAUUAUUCCUAAAGAAUCCUCAUGCUGAUCUUUUGACAUUACCAUCAGCACCUGGUGAACCAUCAUAUUUUGAACAGCUAUUAGCCAUAAUGGAAACAUUAUUGGCUGAAGCAAGUAAAGAAAAACCAGAUGUAUUUGAUCUAUUUAAUCGUGAAACCUGUGGUACAUCCAAUGAUAUACAGAUGCUUUUAAAUUCCGUAUCAUCACCUGAUUCAAUCAUAUUCAAUAGUAAUGUUGCCUCUUUGAAUAAUCGAAUUUUACGUGUUAUCACUUUUCUAUCCAUUGGUCAUCCGGAAAAAAUGUCAACUUUGAUCAAUAAUUUCCGGCCUUAUUUUGAAUUCGAUGAUUAUGAUACACAGAAUUUACCAGUUGCCAAUGCCGAUCAUUGGUAUGAACUUUUCUGUUCACUUGUUUCGGCUAUUGAACGUAAUCAUAAUGGUGCACGAUUGAAAGAUCGUAUGAAUGAAGAAAGAUUUGUUUCGAUGGCCAUCGAAUAUCUUGUUCGUAAUGCACCGUCUAUGAAAAGUUUUGUUCUUCUUAAUUCAGAAGAAUGGAAAGAAUUUACAUCAAGACCAGCGUUGAAAUAUGUACUUAAAAUGUUAACCGGUAUGUGUCGUGGACAUGAACGAACUCAAAUGUUGAUCACAAAAGAAGGUGUACCAAUCAUUCAUGCAUUGGAACAAGUGCUCUCGGAUUCACAUAUGGCAACUUUGGCCGAACAUCUUAUGGAUGCAUUGAAAGAAAAUCCAUCGGUUGAAGCUAAAAUUCAAGAGAUUCGAUUGAAAACGAAAGAAGAAAAGAAACGUAUUGCAAUGGCUGUUCGUGAAAAACAACUUGGUGAAUUAGGAAUGAAAGCUAAUGAUAAGGGACAAGUUAUGGCCGAUUCUGAUUUAUUGAAAAAAAUGGAAGGUGAAUUAAAAGAAGAAAAAGGUCUUGUAUGUUCAAUUUGUCGUGAAGGCUAUGCAUAUCAACCGCAAAAAGUUCUAGCCAUCUAUACAUUUACAAAACGUUGUAAUGCUGAAGAAUAUGAAGAGCGAAAACCACGUAAAACGAUUGGUUAUACUACCGUAACGCAUUUUAAUAUUGUACAUGUCGAAUGUCAUAUGGAUGCUGUACGGCAUGCACGUACUCGAGAUGAAUGGCAAUCAGCAUCAUUACAUAAUGCCAAUACACGUUGUAAUGGUUUAUUACCGUUAUGGGGCCCAAAUGUUUGUGAAUCGUUAUUUGCUCAUGCACUAUCUCGACAUAAUAGCUAUCUACAGGAGGCUGUUGGUCAACGUGAUUUUGUCGGUACAAAUUCAUUCUUGGGCACUGUUCAUGAUUUGAAAUUAUUAUUACUUCGAUUUGCCAAUACACGAACAUUUUCGGAAGAGACCGGUGGUGGUGGUGCACAAUCUAAUCUAUAUCUAACACCUUAUCUAAUGCAUACUGCGUUAUAUGUAAUGAAUACGACAAAAAUAACCGAUCGUGAACGUACAGCAUUCGAAGAAUUAUUUAUGCAACAAUCUACAUCGAAAUUAUUGGAAAGUUGUUUCCAGAUAGAAAGUCCAUUCUUUUAUUCAACAAUGGUCAUAUUGUUACAUUCACCAUCAUUUUGGCAACAACAUCGUUUCUAUUUUCUUCAUCGUCUGAUUCUUUGUUCAUUGAUUCGAAGUUUGCCAAAUGAUUCACGAGAUGUCGAAACAAUUUCAACAAUGGAAUUGCCCGAAUAUUCAACAAUAAAACCGGCAUUAAUGUUUUUUGCAAUGAUCAAUCUAUUCUACACUGUCAUGUUUAAGUCUUUGGAAAACAAAGCUGAUGAUGAUUGGUCACAAUCAUUGAUAGAUUAUAUACGACAUAAUGAUCAAUCAUUAAUGGAAUCAGCCGAUCGUAUGUUGGAUACAUUUGAAAAUGAUAUUCUACCAUCAACAUCAUUCGGUGAAUAUUGUGAUGCAGCUGAUUUAUUACGUGGAAUGAAUGCCAUUGUGGAUCCGGAUGAAUUUCUCAAGGAUACUUUAAGAUUAUCAUAAAAUGGCUAAACAUUUAAACAGUACACAUCUUUUCAUAAAAUCAUAAUCAAAUGUAUAAUUUUCACAUUAUUCUUUUCAAUGAAUUUAAUUUCACACAUUCAUUUGAAACUCAA